CCCAAUUUUCCAACAAAAACCCAACUCGUCCACCGUCCAGAAUCUAGACUUCAAAGAUUCCGCCACACCUCGGAAACUACACAAAAUCAGCGACGCGCCGCCGCCCAAAUUCAUCACUACCAGAGCAAAUCAUGAGUUCGUUUACAUGGAUUCCUCUGGUUCUCAAUUUAUUCAUACUGUUAAUUUCACAUCCUACUAUCUCAGCCGCAUUUUCGAGCAAGCAAGGAUCGUCGGAAAUCCCAUCGGAGUUUUUAAAAUCCGCCAAAACGCCCGAGAUUUUCGACUACAUGGUGAAAAUCAGGCGGACUCUCCACGAAAAUCCGGAGCUCGGAUUCGAAGAAUUCGAAACCAGCAAGCUAAUUAGAAACGAGCUCGAUAGAAUGGGCAUCCCUUACAAGCACCCAAUCGCUGUCACCGGCGUCGUUGGAUAUAUCGGCACCGGAAAUCCGCCGUUCGUCGCCAUCAGAGCUGAUAUGGAUGCCCUAGCUAUGCAGGAAGCUGUGGAGUGGGAGCAUAAAAGUAAAGUUCCGGGAAAGAUGCACGCCUGCGGGCACGAUGCCCAUGUUGCUAUGCUUCUUGGUGCUGCAAAGAUUCUUCAGGAGCACUACAGUCAUUUGGAGGGUACUGUAAUGUUGGUUUUUCAACCAGCAGAGGAGGGUGGUGGUGGAGCAAAGAAAAUGAGGGAUGAAGGGAUAUUAGAGAAUGUCGAUGCAAUAUUUGGGCUACAUGUUUCUUCUCGUUAUCCCGUAGGAGUAGUUGCCACCAAAGAGGGCCCCGUUAUGGCUGCCAGUGGAUUUUUCGAGGCGAAGAUAAGUGGAAAAGGAGGUCAUGCCGCUAUCCCUCAACAAACUAUCGAUCCAAUUUUAGCCAGUUCCAAUAUUAUAGUUAGUUUACAGCAACUUGUCUCGCGUGAGGCCGAUCCUCUCGAUUCACAGGUGGUCACUAUCGCCAAAUUUCGAGGAGGCCAUGCAUUCAAUGUCAUUCCCGAUUCUGUUACAAUCGGUGGAACCUUCCGGGCAUUUUCGAAACAAGGUUUUAUUGAACUCAAACAUCGUAUAGAAGAGGUCAUCACCCUACAAGCUGCCGUCCAAAGGUGCAACGCGAGCGUGAACUUCUACGGAGAAGAAAAACCCUUCUACCCAGUAACAUCAAACGACAAAGAACUGCACCAACACUUCUUGAAAAUAGCAAGAAGCAUGAUCGGUGACGAGAAAAUCCAAGAGCUUCAGCCUUCGAUGGGAUCCGAGGACUUCUCGUUUUUUGCAGAGUCAAUACCGGGAUAUUUUUAUUAUGUGGGGAUGGUCAACGAGACAGAGGGACAGAUGGAAACAGGUCAUUCUCCUUACUUUAGAGUGAACGAGGAUGCGCUUCCUUACGGUGCCGCUUUACAUGCUUCACUGGCGGCAACUUACCUUCUAGAAGGUCGGUCUUCGGUGGAGGCUCAAAAUAGAAGCUUCCAUGAUGAAUUGUGAGUAAGUGCUGAAAAUGUUUUUUUUUUUUAAUCUUUUUUUCCUAUGUGAAUGGAACUAGAUGGAGAGAGCUAAGCUAGUCUUUAUUGUAUGAACUGUCUCAGCCUUGCUGUUAAUGACUAUGCUGUUCAAAUUGUUUUGCAUUUAUCUUUAAUUCGGAACCGGUGCCUCGUUGCAAAUGAUUUGAUAGAACUAAU